CAAUUUGCCACCACUCGUCUCACCACCAAAAUAUGAUAUGUAUCGGAAUCAACUCAAUUUGACUCAUACCUUUACCUGGAUAAACUGGGGAAGUGGGGAUAUUGAGGAAAUUGAAAAUUGAGGAAAUUGGGGAUAAACCCAUAAACUAUUACACUCCUAUCUGGUGUUGAAAUAUCAAAACCCCACAAAAAAAACACCAUAACCAUAACCAUAACCAUGUCUUUAUCUCUAUCUUCUCUCCCCUUCAAUUCAUUACUUCCACUCUCUUCUUCCACAAAAUUUGAAGCGGGGCCUAUCAUUUUGAGGCCUUUAGGGUUUUCUAUCAGGUCUCAGGCCAAACCGAAAUCCCGAAGUCCUGUACAAAAUGGUCGGCAAGUGUGGCGGCGUAGAAAAUUGAGCAAGAAAGAUGUAUUUAUGGAAGCCAAACUAGAGAGGGUCCCUUUCCUGGAGGAGCAAAUGAGGAAGGUUAAUGAAGGUGGAGGGGUGAUGGCAGGGGAUAUUGACCGGCUAAUGAAAUCAGAGGACAACCGUUUUGCAUUUGUGAAUGAAAUAGCAGCCGAGGCCACAGCAUAUGUUAACAACAACCGAGAUGAGUAUGGCCACAAAAAGGCUAUCCAUCACGUGCUGAGUAACCGUAUGAAUGAUGCUGGGUUUGCUCGUCCUGAAGCUUACUUGGAGACUGAACCGUUUAGCCCUGGUCCUACUUACCUCAAGGAAAACUUUUAUUAAGGCAGAGUUCGAUUCUUUCAAUUUUAGAAUCUUGUGGAUUAGUUCUUAGUGUUGUUUACCAGUUAGGUUGUAUCAUUCUUAUCUGUUUGAAUUUAAAUGAAUAAAUCUUGAUGGAACAACUUAAUGUUGAGUGAUAUAAAUUGCAUUGGUGAUGAUAGUUGAUGAUAA